CACAAAACCAUAACAUACGGACGAGCAGACGCAUCACUGUAGCCGUUGCUUCUGAAAGCUUCGUGAGAACUGAUCUAUCAAGACACUGAAAGAACGUUGACAUGAAGUCCUACAUGUAUGGUGUACAAGGGGCGUUCCUGGCCGUCAGCCUGUGCACCGUGUGUGCAGCAAAUACGUGCACCGAUCUUGGAAAUCUCCCUUUCUUGAAGAACGGAUAUACGUGGGCAGGAUCUCCGUUUAUGAACUUAACGACAGGUGGUCUGAUGCUGUGCGCUGUCGAAUGCAUCAAGCGGUCCAGGUGCAUGUCGUUCAACUUCUACCUUCAAGACGGCAGCUGUGAGAUGCGUGACGUGGAGACAAGUGAUCCGUUCUACUUGCCAGUGUCCACAGUUGUGCAUUCAAAUAUAAAUCAAUUCCAGGAGUUACUUGCUCGGACGUGUGAAUUCCAUGACUGCGACGUGCAUGAAGCAUGUAUCCCUGAGGACGGAGAUUAUUCUUGCGCUGUGGAAUUCCCCUCAUCUUGUGCCGACGUUAAGCAGUGCGCACCCAAGAGUGAUGAUGGAGAGUACUGGAUAUACCUACGCGACUUCAACAUGGUCAAAGCCCGCAUAUAUUGCCACAACAUGGCGUCCACAGAACCCUCGGACUACCUGACCCUCCCUGUCACUAACUAUGGCUACUACCCCAUCCUCCGCAACCCUAUCUGUGCUGGAGAGGUGGAGGGCCUGGCAGGUUCCUGUGAUGGAAACGGUGGGGAGGUCUGGUUCAAUAAAAUCAAGAUCGACACACGGUCACUGAGAGUUACCACAAACGACCACACAUUUGCUAACUACACAAAUUCGAAAUUGCUGUAUGGAGUUGCUUCAGAUUGUUAUGCCAAACACAACGAUGGAGUCAAGGCUUCAUGCGGACCUCGCGGCAUGUUUACCAUCGAUUUGAGUGGAACUGGCAUGGCCGUAACGCCGGAGACGACCUGGCUCGACACCGGCUACAAAUACUGGAUGAACGUUACGCGAGCCGAUGACAAUACCAGGGUCUACAUGAACUGCGGGGGGUAUCCGGGCUACUGUGAGGCUGAGGACGGCCUGUUUCUCCAACCUUACGACAUGGAAGUUCUUGAAGAAUCAUCUGCAACCGAAGUUCAGUGCACCAACCCAUAGCUGCUUGAUGCAAGCAUCGCUUGUUUUAGGAUUCCUUGGUGACCAUGUAUAAUUGUUUGACAUAAUUGUUUAGUUACUUGAGCUUCAGUAUACGAUCUUACUCCUAUUGAACGACUCAAGGACAUGAAAUAACCAGCAUAGUUAAAUACAAAAGCUACUGAUCUAGACAUCUUUCAUUUAAAAUAAUAACCCAUACCUUGUUUCAAACAUGUGUUUGAAUUGCGAAUUUACGGGACAAGGUGGCGAAAAUGGUUUUUUUAAGAAUUCUAUUCCUUUGUCGUGUAUGGAUGUGGGGACAUUGGUUCGAAUUCCAGAUUCGCCCUUAUUAUGAUCCUGUUUUUUGUCAGCACCUUACGUAUGUCCAUUGUGUUCAUCAAACUGCCACACCUUGCGCCACCUACGGCUUUUCUCCUACACUUAACUGGGUCGCUGUGUUAUAACCUGAAACACGAAGGACGAGAAAGAAAUACAUACUUCCACACAGUCAAAGAGAGCUUGUGUUGUAUAAACUUAAAACGUCUCGAUUAUACUUAUGUGCUUGUUGAAGUUGUGUUGUAAUGUAUUUGUAUAAUUUGUUCUAACUGAUGUCAUGUAUAUUUGCUACGGGUCGCAUUAAACUGGGGGGAAAGGCGUAUACA